CAUAUGAAUGGACAUCAGACACAGCAUAAAGGGGUAUGGCGUUAAGCAGACUCCUGCUGCUUUGCAUGGUAGCCAAUGAGGUGUGGCAUGCUACAACCAGGCCCAUAGACUUUGUGUGUGACAGAGAGUCCAGGAAGGAUAUGAACACUGAGGCAGAGAUGAGGACUGCACUGGGUGAUUGUGAAGCCUUGAAGACCCUCCCUUCCCCAAUUCUGCUCCCCUGCAGCAAGCUUCACAAGGCUUCCUGGGAGAGGAAAUCGGCCCAGGAGAAGAGGGGGGACAUAUCUGCAUCUCUGGCAGCCCUGUCUGAGAGUGUGAGGGUGGCUAGGACUUUGAGCCAGUCUGGCUGUGGGUCAACUCAGCUGGAGAGAUUGGAGCGCACAGUCAAUAACUACCUCCAAAUAAUCACACACCUGGACAUCGAGGAAGAGUAGAAGAGAGCAGAGCAUAUGUUCCCCAUGACAUAGCCACAUAGGCCAAGAAUGAAGAGCUUAUCUCGAGGGACAGGCCACUCAGUUGCAAUGUUUGUUUGUAGUUAUGGGACUAGGUGGAGAGAAGCCAAACAGAACAAUGAAAUAUGCAGUAUGCUUGUUUUCAGUGUGUUGUCCUUAACUCCUGUCACCUGCCAACGACGUGUAUGAUCAUUAUCAAUAUUGCCCACAGCAACAAUCAACAACUGUGUGGUUAAUAUUAGCAUUGGUAAUGGAAACCAUCUGCAAUGUACAGGGGCCGUAUUUGGUCAUUUAGAUUCGGUUUUUUGUUUACCCUCUCUCUCGCAUUCCCUACCUCCACCCACCCAUUUUGCAAUCAAAACCUGAAUGAAACAUGGACAGACGAAGACAGACAAACAUUGACAGAAGCUGCCCUCUGCUGGUCAUUAUUUUAAACAAAAUCUAUAUGUCAUACAGCUCCAGAAAAAACUGGCACAAUGUCAUCAUGAUUCAUGAAAUGAUGGACUAUUUGAUGGCUUGGAAUUUAAGUAACCUACCGACAGAGCACUUGGAACAUGUGUCAAGAACAGUAAUUAUUUGGAUACACAUAAUGUUCCAACUUUACUACUUGUAUUUAUUGC